CCGAUGCCGCUUGCCGGGAAGCUGCGUUAGGAGCGAGCGGCGGCGGUGGCGGCGGUGGCGGCGGCGGCAGCUCGGGAGUGCUAUGACCGGCAAACUCGCCGAGAAGCUGCCGGUGACCAUGAGCAGUUUGCUAAACCAACUGCCUGACAAUCUGUACCCCGAGGAGAUCCCCAGCGCGCUCAAUCUCUUCUCCGGCAGCAGCGACUCGGUAGCCCAUUACAAUCAGAUGGCUACAGAGAAUGUGAUGGACAUCGGCCUGACCAACGAGAAGCCCAACCCGGAACUCUCUUAUUCGGGCUCUUUCCAGCCAGCCCCCGGCAACAAGACCGUGACCUACUUGGGAAAGUUCGCUUUUGACUCCCCUUCCAACUGGUGCCAGGACAACAUCAUUAGCCUCAUGAGCGCCGGCAUCUUGGGGGUGCCCCCGGCCUCAGGGGCCCUCAGUACGCAGACGUCCACGGCUAGCAUGGUGCAGCCUCCGCAGGGCGACGUGGAGGCCAUGUAUCCGGCGCUGCCCCCCUAUUCCAACUGCGGUGAUCUCUACUCGGAGCCCGUGUCUUUCCACGACCCCCAGGGCAACCCUGGGCUCGCCUAUUCCCCCCAGGAUUACCAAUCGGCCAAGCCGGCUUUGGACAGCAAUCUUUUCCCCAUGAUCCCGGACUACAAUCUGUACCACCACCCCAACGACAUGGGCUCCAUUCCGGAGCACAAGCCCUUCCAGGGCAUGGACCCCAUCCGGGUCAACCCGCCGCCUAUUACCCCUCUGGAGACCAUCAAGGCUUUCAAAGACAAGCAGAUCCACCCGGGUUUCGGCAGUCUGCCUCAGCCACCGCUCACGCUCAAGCCCAUCCGGCCCCGCAAGUACCCCAACCGACCUAGCAAGACCCCGCUCCACGAGCGGCCCCACGCGUGCCCGGCGGAGGGCUGUGACCGCCGUUUCAGCCGCUCGGACGAGCUGACCCGGCAUCUGCGCAUCCACACGGGCCACAAGCCCUUCCAGUGCCGGAUCUGCAUGCGGAGCUUCAGUCGCAGCGACCACCUCACCACGCACAUCCGCACGCACACCGGGGAGAAGCCCUUUGCCUGCGAGUUCUGUGGGCGCAAGUUUGCGCGCAGCGACGAGCGCAAGCGCCACGCCAAGAUCCACCUCAAGCAAAAGGAGAAGAAGGCGGAGAAGGGGGGCGCGCCCUCUGCAUCCUCGGCGCCCACCGUGUCUCUGGCCCCCGUGGUCACCACCUGCGCCUGAGGCUCGGGGGUCCCCAGAUCCCCUCAUUUUUUUCCUUCUAGUGCCUCCCGGCUGCUCGCCUUGGAAGCAGCGGGAAAGCCAGCCACCGAGGCGCAGGGGCCGCGCCCUGGCCUCUCCAUGGACGUGCGGUCCCUCGCUCCCCUUCGAUGCUCCUCCUAUUCCCACCCUUUCACGCCGGCCUGCUGUCGGGGGGCUAGGGCUGGAGGCCCCUUCUCUGGGCGGCUGUCCGCCUCUUAGCCAAGGCGUGGGGGCGGAAAGGUGGCGUCUAGCCCGCUUUGUUCAGUUAGGAUCGCCUUGAUCCAGGGGCCGCUGGGCCGCGCCUAGGACCUGCCAGGGGGGACUGAAGGCCGGGCCCACCUAACCCUCGCCGGACCCAAGCACCUCACUGUUUCCCCCGUGUCUCCCUAUGUUCCCCCUCGAACACCCGAGCGAGGGGGAGGGGGUAAGGAGCGCACCAAAGCGUAGAGCU